CAUGCGAUAAAACUUUUGUAAAUAAGAUUUUUUCAUAUUAUCUCUAAAACUAACGGUGAAUUUAAAAUGGUGAAUGUUAUUGGUCCAAGUCGAUCAAGUUAAUAAUUUAGCGGGAUUUGCUAUUUACACGUGAAAUAUUCACAUUUGUUUCUGCGAAUUUUUUUAAUUUCAAGUUCCAUUAUUAUUUAUUAAAUAGUUAUUUAUCAAAUGGAAGAUAAUAAUUGUGAUACAAAAAAUGAUAUUUCGAAUGGUACGAUUUUGGUUACAGACAAUUCAAAAAUCAUUGUGGAUAAUGUAAAAUUUAACAAUGAACCCUUAGAAACUUCUAUAAUAAAUGAAAAGAAGAGAAAAUUACAGGAAAAAGCUAAAAAUAGACAAUUAGCAGAAGAGAAAUAUAAUCUUGAAGUUCAAGAACAACAAUAUAAACGAUUAAUGCAUUUGUUAAGUAGAAGCAAAUUUUAUGCUUCAUAUAUUGUUAAUAAAAUUGACAACAGUUUAGAGAAAGAUAUUAAUAAAGCUAAUAAAGCCAUAAAAAGAGAUAUAAAAAAAGUAAAUUCUAUAGAUGAAAAUAAAUUACCUCAGGAAAAAGAAAAGAAAAAAAAUCGUAAUUUAGGAAAUUAUAUAUCCAAAAAUGUACAAGAAAAAAUAAAUAUAAAUAAAAAUAAUUUGAAUUUAAGUAUAGAAGAGAUUGAAAAUGAAUUAAUCAAUGACUCUGAAGGAAUAGAAGAUGCUGAUAAUAUUAUUCUUGAAACACCAAAAUAUUUUAAUGGAGAUUUACGAGAUUAUCAAAAAGAAGGACUCAGAUGGCUGAAAAUUCUUUAUGAAAAUGGUUUAAAUGGAAUCUUAGCUGAUGAAAUGGGUCUUGGAAAAACAAUUCAAGUUAUAGCUUUAUUAUGUCAUCUUAUUGAAAAAAAACAAGAUGGACCAUAUUUAUUAGUAGCUCCUCUUUCAACUAUACCAAAUUGGGCAUUAGAAUUUGAAAGAUUUGCACCAAAAUUACCUAUUGUAAUAUUUCAUGGAACACCAGAAGAAAAAAUGAUAUUAAAGAAAAAAUUACAAAAAUAUAAAAUUACAGAAAGUUAUAGUAUAUUACCAAUUGUGCUUACUAGUUUUGAAGUGCCAUUAUUUGAGAAUAAUUUUAUUAAAUCUUUAAGUUGGAGAUAUAUAAUAGUAGAUGAAGGACAUAGAAUUAAAAAUCAUGAAUGUCAACUCAUUAAGCUCUUGAAGUCUUGUAAGUCUAUGAACAGACUUUUAUUAACAGGCACACCAUUACAAAAUAAUUUAGCAGAAUUGUGGUCAUUAUUAAAUUUUUUAUUACCAGAAAUUUUUGAUGACUUAGCUGUGUUUGAAUCAUGGUUUAAUGCAAAAGAACAUCAGGGUGACGAAGGUGCUAAAAAAUUCUUAAAAUUAGAAGAAGAAAAACGUGUAUUAUCAUCAUUACGUGAAAUAUUACAACCAUUUAUGUUAAGACGUGAAAAAAGUGAUGUUUGUUUAGAAGUACCACCAAAAAAGCAAUUAGUUGUUUAUGCUCCUUUGACAGAAUUGCAACACAGUUUAUAUAAAGCAGUAUUAAAUCAUGAUAUAGAUCAGUUAAGUAAAAUUGAAGAAGAACCAAUUAUAUAUACAGAAGAUGGUAACAGACCUAAAAGAAAAUGUGUUUUAAGAAAUAUGAGCAAUAUUAUGAACUCUAACUUUGAAAGUAAAAUAUUAUCAAAUAAUUCAUUUCAAAGUGAUGAAGAUAUAAACGACGAAGAAAAUACAAAAUCUUGGAAAGAAAUAAGAUCUGGAAAUAAAAAAGAUUUAUCAAUGUGGAAAAAAUAUACUGAUGUUACAGAACGAAAUCGAGAUUUUUUAAUUAAUGUUAAGACUCGCAAUCAUUUUUUAUAUAAAAAAAUUGUAAAUCAUCCAUAUUUAAUACAUUGUCCAUUAGGCCCAGAUGGCUUGCCAAAAAUAGAUGAAGAGUUAGUUACAUCAUCUGGUAAGCUUCUGGUCUUAGAUGCAAUGCUUGCAAGACUUAAAAAACAAGGUCAUAAAGUUUUAUUAUUUUCUACCAUGACAAUGAUAUUGGAUGUUAUUGAAGAUUAUCUUUCAUUACGUGAUUUUAAAUAUGUCAGACUAGAUGGCUCUACUAAACUCUCAGUCCGAAAAGAAAAUAUUCAAAAUUUCAAUACAAAUCCUGAAAUAUUUUUAUUUCUUAUAUCUACAAGAGCAGGUGGUGUUGGAUUAAAUCUUAUUGGAGCAGAUACUGUUAUCAUAUAUGAUUCUGAUUGGAAUCCUCAAAUGGAUAUACAAGCUAUGGCACGUUGCCAUAGAAUAGGACAGACACGUCCAGUAAUGAUAUAUAAAUUAUGUACCAAAGGAACUAUUGAUGAAGUAAUUAUUAAUCGCGCUGAAGCAAAACGUCUUUUAGAAAAAGUGGUAAUUUCUAAAUGUGUUCAAGGAAUAAAUAUUAAUAGCAAAACAGAUUUGUUGAAGUUGCAAAAACUUUUACAAUCAAAAGAAUGUCAAAUAGUUGUAUCAAAAAAUGAAGUUUUUACAGAAAAAGAACUUAACAAUCUCUUAGAUAGAUCCGAAUUAUAUAAGAAACAAACAGAAUCCUAAAUAUAUAUCUCAAUUUUUUUCCUAAAAAAUAGUAUUAUACAAAUAAUAUAAGUAUUUCUUCUAGUUUUAUAUUAUUUUAAUUACUACAUAAUAUUUAUUUUUGUAUCAUUUAUUCUAAGAUUUAUUUAAUUUUGUAACAAAAUCUUAAAUAAAGAUUGAAAAAUAUUAUAUAUAUUUUUAUCAAUUGUAUAUCUUAAUAAUUAUUAUAGAGAUAUAUAUAUUUUUAAUUAAUUUUAUAAAUAAAUUUUAGAAAUAAGUUAAAUAAAUUAAUUUUAG